CUGACAACAAAAUCCACCAAUCAGGGCACGCUCAAUUCGUCGAGCGGGGAACUCGUUUUCUCGACCAAUGAGAGGCCCCAGACAGGCGCACGUGUCGAUUUCGCGGCAAAAAAGAUUUCGCGCGAAAAGUGUCCCAUCCUUGUUUGGAUCUCGAUCAGCUGGGACAAUAACAACAAUUACGGACAAACACCGGGCAGCGAAGACGCUUAUAAGAAUGGAUCGCACCCGCUGUGAGCUUCAUGUGCAUUAGCAGAUGCUGAUUUAGCUGAUCUGUGAAUUUACGGGACGCUUUAUUUUCUUUUUUUUUUCUUUUUUUUUAAAUCUGCACUUUAGUCAGAAAGCUUCUCGCAUGCCCCAACAAACCGAGGGCGAUUGGUGCUAGCAUGCUAAUAUGACUUACUGCAUGAUCCAGAAUAGAACUUCAUUUAUUAAUGUUUCACAAGGUACAUUUACUUAAAAUCGUCCGAACAUAACGGAAACAUUUUGGUGAAGGUGAAGCAACUGUCUAAUCGGUGUUGCAGAGUGCUCUCAACCCUUCCUGUAAAACUGCCGCAAAGUUUCACACGACAUUUCAUUCAAUUUGAUGUCGUUUCCGGUGUUGCAUUCUUGCUCUCCAGACGCAAACGGCGACUUUGUCCUCGAAUUCGUGCAACUCGCGUCGUCUCUAGAAGCGGCUAGCUCCUCGUUAGCAUGCUUGUUGACGGGGCCUGGUCUCGUGCUGACAACCGCAGGUGAAAACAAAAGAUUAGCAUGCUAGCUCGCUAUCCAUCUGCUCUUUUGAGUCUCGACUUCUUUGUGUGCUUAAACGCCACACCUGGCUUCCCGAGCUGGUACGUGUCUGGCAUUAUUCUAUUGUAAAUACAUUUGUUUGGGCAUCCCGUCUUUGCUGUUUCACUCGAAGUGGGAUUACAAUUUGGGUGUCAUAGAUUCAUGAGGAACUUCUUGAAAAUCUAUCCACAAGUUGCUCAAGAACACUUGAAGGCAAACGAUCAUCACGUGGCUUCUUAGUCACUGAUAAGAGUGGAGCACUUGAAAAGUCAGAGUGGAGCACUUGAGAAGUCAGAGUGCAUCUCGUUGUGACAUUGCAAACUGUGAGAGACCCCUGCCAUGUCAGAGACUCUGAUAACAGGCCGCACGUCUGAGGAUCUAUUGGCUGACUUCGAGACUUUGCUCAACCCCGAUGGUGUCGGUCUGGGUCAGGACCACCAGAUAGUCAUCAUUACCAGCCCCAGCAAUGAGGGUCUCCACCUGGAUGCCGCCCCCUCCAGCACGGGAGAAAUCCUGCUGUUUGCUACACCACAGGGAACUGCUGAUGUGGCCUUCCAAGAGAAGAGAAGGCCAGCACUGGGAAAACCAUCGGUUAAGAGGAAGUUGGACCUGGACAGCGACCAUCAGUAUGUUAGUACGUCCCGGCCAUCUUCAGGCCGUGUGCCACCCUCCACACCUGCCCCUCCCAGAGUUCCUCGAACCGUUACGGAAAAGUCUCGCUAUGACACGUCCUUGAACCUGACCACCAAGCGCUUUCUGGACCUCCUGUCCCAGUCAGCUGACGGCGUGGUGGACCUGAAUUGGGCCUCGCAGGUCCUGGAUGUGCAGAAGCGGCGCAUCUAUGAUAUCACCAAUGUAUUGGAAGGGAUCCAGCUCAUUUCCAAAAAGUCCAAGAACCACAUCCAGUGGCUCGGGAACCGUGUCGACGGGGAGUCAGUCGCCCUCCAUCAGGAGCUGCGGAAGGAAGUGUGCGACCUGUCUGCAGCUGAGGAGCAGCUGGAUAAGCUCAUCUCCAAAUGCAAUCUUCAGCUCCGACUACUCACAGAGGAGCCACAGAACAAAAGGCUGGGCUAUGUGCGCUGCCAGGAUUUGAGGACGUCGUUCGAUACGCCCGACCAGUUAGUCAUGGUGAUCCGAGCUCCACCAGAAACCCAGAUGCAAGUCUCAGACCCCAGCGAGGGUUACCAGGUGUCGCUGAAGAGCACGCGAGGCGCCAUUGACGUCUUCCUCUGCCCGGACGACAGCUCCGGGGUUUGCAGCCCCGUGACGGAAAGCAGUCCCUCAAAAACGAGCUGUGACCCCCCGCCGCACGCACGAGCCAGCCGCUCGACGCCCGGCAAAGACAGAAGCUCCGUAGCUCUGGAAGUGGCUUUGUCAUCCCCUGUGUCCACGUCGUCCACGCUAACAGCAGCUUCUCAGCCAGAAUCCUCGGCGCUGUUGUUGGGUGCGGAAACAGAAUCCCUUAUGAACAGCGACCCAUUCUCAGGCCUGGGGGACAUGGCAGACUUUGACUUCUCCACGGACUUCCUCCACGGAGAGGGCCUUCCUCUCCCAUUGGACGGUUUCAUCAAUUUGUCUCCGCCUCACAACCCCGACUACCACUUUGGCCUGGAGGACGACUUGGGCGUCACUGAACUGUUUGACUGUGACUUUGGUGACUUGUCACAAGUUUUGGGGGAGAGUUAGACAAGGGUUGGGCGGUUGGGGAGAUUUUAGGUCUGGGAAAAGUCAGACUUGUACAGUGGACCCUCGGAGGUUCCACCUUUUGUUAAGAAGAGAACUGGUUUGCUCUUAUAAAAGUUUGAAGUGUGGUGCAGGUGAGUUGUUUAAAUAACAUUUAAUUUACAUUUUUAAUAUUUGCAUUAAAAUCAAGCAAAUCUUCCACUCGUAAAAAUACCAGCCUGACACACACGCACACAAAACUUUCUCCUAAAACAACGACUUUUUGUACUGAUCAGGGAAUCUCAAAAUUUUACACCAAGCUCUUCAAGUCCCACCAUAAUUGCCAACGAUAAAAUGGAGUCUAAAAACUAGAGAGGCUGAGGUUUUAGUUCUAAAGUGCGCGUUUAUUUACGUAAGUUAAAUACAACUAAACUGUACUUAAAAAAGGAAAGUACUGUACAUGAGUACAGUACUGGAUUCAAAAAAGAUAUUGCAUAGCUGUAAUAUUUGAUUGUACUUUGUUAUAAAUGUAAAUUGGAAUUCUAUUAUUUCACUUUUUUUUUUUGUGUAACGCUAUAGAGAAACUCCAUGUACCACUAGUGGUACUCGUACCAUACUUUGAGAAUCACGGUAAUAGGUACCGUAAUUUCUCGAGAAUAACGUAAUAAUCUUUUGCAGGAGAAACAAAACCUGUUAAAAUCAAGGGAGUGUAUUUUAUUGUACAUAGGUUUAGGGGAGAGAGAAAAAACCACAUUUGUCAGCUUGAUUAGAUGUCACGGUGUUGUGAAAAGGACGUACUUUCAUUUCAAUAUGAUAUUUAACGUCUAAUGCUACAAAAAUAUAUUAGUGUAUAUUAAUGUGGUGGUUUUGAUGUAAUUUCUUGGCGGAGCUAAUGACCAACUAGCAUAUUACACACUUGUGUUUUUGUGGCGUGUGUGUCAACGUAUUUUUGUAGCUGUAGCUGAGUCUUUUUCUCAACUGGCAAAUUGGGGAGCAUACUUUUCAUGAGCACAAAGAAAAAUCUGAUUUUGAAGGGCUACAAGCUGCAUAUAAAUUGAGUAUACAUUCUCGAGAAAUUAAUGAAUAGAUUUAUCCCCUCUCAUUGUGUCUCGAAUCCUUCCUUCUAACUUCCAAGUGUUGCUUGCGACUGCUCCGAGGGUCCGCUGAGGUACUUUGGACAAUCAAGCAACUUGCGCAAUAUUGUUGCUUGAAAUGAUUCUAAUUGAAACCCCAACCCCCCAAAUUUUACAGCACUUCCUGUGUGGACUUUAGCUCGGAUUUAGCUAUAUUUAAAUUGUGCGUGCGUGUGUGUAUGUUUUUGUGAAGUGUUUUUAAUGUGCUGGGUGGCACGUGCAAGUGACUUGAGAGUUUGGAGCCAAGCCAGGCUUACCCUUACCCUGGCCCAGCUCAAUCUUCAGGGUUUCAUGGGAACAGUGCUGGUUGCGUUUGCUGGUGGAGCAAAGGUUGGAUGAUUUUGGAAGGUGAGUUAACAAAGAGUCCUCAAAAUGCUGAGCGGCUGUGUGAGUUUUUGUUUUCUUCAAACAGAAAUUGUGCUUAAAUAUGUCAAUUUAUUUUGAUGCCUUGAGGUGGUGAUCGUGCAGAUACAGGAAAAACUUGUGAGCUCAGUGAUCAAUAGUCACAUGUUGGGACACUUGUCAAUGUACAACAUGAUGGAUUUUGCUGGGAAUGGACAGCGAUAAGUGUUUUCUACUUGGCCUUUGGCCACUUUGCAAAAUGUCUACCAAUUUUUGCAUCAAAACAUUUUUCUUCUAAUUUAUGUAUGCUUUGUUUCCCUUCCUAAACGAUUGGGGGGGGGUGUACACGUGUGACGAAAAGUUAUCUUUUAUUACAGCGUUGAAUUUGUUAUUUAUUAUUUUUAUUUGACGGGAUUCUAAAGAAGGUCUUGCUAGCAGGAAGGGACUUUUCGAAUGAUCCAUGCAAAUGAUUCUUUGAGUAUUUUUGCGUGAGCCUUUAUUAGCGUUUUAAUAUGUGCAUUUGCUAGUGAUGGCAAGUUUUCUCAUGUUUGUAAUUUUGAUUCUCAUCACUUGCAUCACUUUAUUUUCAAACUGUUUUAUCAACCUCAGCACUGCACGUGAACUGUGUUCAGGGUGCCUCUGUCCUUUUAAAAAAAAAGAAAGAAAAAAUCUUUAAAAACUGCAGGUUUUUCCUCAUUAACGUUGCGCAAGUAUAAAGUUUACCUGCUGUUAACAUGUGCAAGUAUGUUGUCGACCACCACCGAACUAAAUCAUCUUUCAUUAUCAGUAGUUUUGUUUGGAUGCGUCAAUUUUGUUAAUUUUUCACGGGUUCAUUCAUCCAUCCAUUAUCUGAACAGCUUUAUCCUCGUAAGGGUUAUUUUCACAAAUUCAUUCAUUCACAGUUAUGUCUGCAAAAAUCAGUUUUCUGAAAAACCCAAUUUGCCAUUAUUGUUCCCUUUCAUGAUGGAUGAAGGUAGCUUUUUCAAGUAUUUGGAAAGCCAUUUAUUUAAAAAAAAAAAGUGAUUUGGGAAAUAUUUGGGGGAUACAUUUACAGGUUAAACAAAAUGUAGAUUAAUAUUACUACUUAUUGGAACACUUAAACUAAAAUUGUGCUUUCAAUGCAGAAAUGACAAAUUCAAAAAUAUGGAGAGUGCAAUGAUCACGUAAUGAAUUCUUUCGUUUGGUGGGGGUGAUUUAAUCAACACGUAUGGCUUCUGCGUCUUAUAAGAUGACUGCAUUAGUUUGUAUAGUAAUAACAUUUUGAAACGUGUUCAAAAUUACUUGUUUUGAAAAUAACUGCUAUUCUGGCCCAAGUGAAGAGAACGUUUUUGUUAAAAAUCUAACUUUAUUUAUAUCACAGUGAUUGUGUCUUGGUUGCAAUUCUGGUUCAAAGUGCUUUUUAGGGAAUUCUUUUAAAUAGUACAGUUGAAAUGCCAUCCUGAAAUGCCAAAAUAUUUUUUAGGUCUUCUUUUCAUUGGUUUGCUCAUGAAGUAGAUUUUUUGUCAUGAAACACUUCCUACUCUUUUGUAUCUUUUUUAAUUGAGAAAAUAAACUAUUUGGUCUUA